AUGGAGCAACUUAGUGUUUUACAUGAGCUUGAUGAGAUGCCUACAAUCUCUGAGCUGAGUAAAGCUAUUGACCAGCUUGCCCCUGGUAAAGCUCCAGGAAGUGAUGAGAUACCUCCUGAUUUAAUCAAACAGUGUACCACGAGCGAGAACACAAUGUUGUCUAGUAACUUUCUAUUCAUCAAACCUGACAAGAAGUGUAUCAACCAGCAAUUUGUUUUAUACAAGUUAUCGCUAUAUGAACCAGCGCGCCCGCAGCCCCAGUCCGAGCAACAGCCAGGCCAUCGGCUCACAAUGAGCCAGUGCUCUGUUCUCUCGCCCUCACACCUCAUCCUCGUAUACCUCACCCUCCUGGCCCUCGUGAUGGUGUUGGAGGUCCAGUACACACUCGACGCGAAGCUGCCCCUAGACAUCUUCUCCCGCGGCAACCGAAACCGACGUCGGAUGCUGAAGUCUGUCGAGCGGGCAACCAAGACCCGAACACAAGUCGGACCGACAAAUUUCGGGGCCGGAGUGACUGUCGGUCCGGAAGCGGUUUCUCAGAAUGACAGCGAGUUUAAUAGGGAGUUCAUGGACUAUUCACCCCGCGUGAAUUACUACGACGUCCUGGGUAGCACCGAAGUUCCGAGAGUGGGUAUUUCACGAAAGAGUGAGUUCGGGGCGUCGGCCUCAGGUAGUCAGGGAUCUUCAUUCUUGAAAGAAGCAAGCCCAAUGCCAUCCUCAAAGCCCAAGAAAAACAUCAAAGUGUCACCGGAAGUAAAUGCCUUCGACGACCUGGUUGACCUGCUGACGGCUUCGAAGACUCACUGCCUCGUAGAUGAAGCCACAGGGCGCCGCGGGAAGCACUCGUACCGCUGCUCCGUUCAGACGCAACGCGACUGUCGACAGAGACUCCUCAAAGGCAAGCAGAAGAAGCAGUAUUCGAGGAAGUGCAACAGCGGUAACAGAGACAGACGAAAAUACAAGCCAAGUUACGAAGUGAAUCCCUUGUCAUACAAGUGGGAUGGAGAUACAGCUUUCACUUCCAACACAAUACGAGGAUCAUGGGAUGAGGGGGAAGCAGAAGGUGCGACGAAGUACAGUAUAACAGUGGAUGCAGAUUACACUUUCAUGGAGGAGAUUAAGAAACUCAAGUUCGCGCCCCUCAUCACUUUUGACAUCAAAUUCGACCUUGCCGGACUUAAUUCUUUGCACAAGUACGAAGUCGUGUGGAAACUCCUGCAGGUGUUCCGCUGGCUCCUCCCUCGAAACGGCUACCUGCUGGUGAGGUCGUCGGCCGAUAGAGACGACCUCCUUCAGUACCUGCAGCAGGAAGGCCUUCAGGAACCCUUGCACAUCCUGACCCUGUGGAAGCUGCAAGAAAGAGUGAAAGUGCGCAAUAAAUGAUCUCAGUGAUUCCCUAUGAAUUAUUAUGACGGAAUGCGUAACACUACAUUUUUUUUAUGAUGAUUGGGAUGUUGUUAACGUUGAUAAGGUUUUUGUUAAUGCUUAUGAGAAGAUAAGGAAAAAAAAAAAAAGUCAAGUGUUAGAUGGGACUGUGCAGUAAUGACGAUGUUACCAAAGAUAUAGAAAGUUUUCAUGGGGUUUUGAUCACUCGUGAAUUCACGAAAAGACGGAUGAGAAAUGGAAGUUGUGUGACGUAACGAAUCGGUUCGCCACCACGAGUGAGCGCUUGUAUUGGUUUUUGGAAUCUCGAGCGGUUGUUCAGUGUGUGUGACAAUUGACAAUAAAGCAAAUUGACAAU